AUGGCGAAUAGACCCUAUUCAUGUGAUACAUUUGUUGUUUUACCACCUCUGACAGAUUCAAAUUUUCGCAUAUUUGGCAAGAAUUCCGAUCGACCAGCAAAUGAAGUUCAAGAAGUGAUUUUAGUCUCCAAUGAACAUACAAGUGAGAAUAAAGAUUUUGUUCAGUGUACACAUAUUUCGAUUCCACAAGUUUCAACAACAUAUCGAUGCAUCUUAUCAAAACCAGCUUGGUGCUGGGGUGCCGAAAUGGGGGCUAAUGAACAUGGUGUCUGCAUUGGCAAUGAAGCGGUGUUUUCUAAAAUACCCUACGAAUCACGAGAGAAUGCAUUGACCGGUUUAGAUAUAGUUCGAUUAUCACUGGAACGCUGUAAGACAGCAAAAUCCGCAGUUACAUGCAUCGGUGAAUUAGUUGAAAAGUACGGUCAAGGUGGUGCUUGUUUUCAUGCCAGUGCGAAUUUCUCCUACGGUUAUGAUAAUAGCUUCCUUAUUGUCGACAAUGAAGAAGCAUGGAGCGUAGAAACAUGUAAUCGUGUAUGGGUUGCCAAGCAGAUAAAAGAAGGAUACUAUAGUAUGUCGAAUGUAUAUUCGAUUGAAGAUGACUAUACUCUGCAAAGUGAUAAUUUGGAAAAAUUUGCACAAGAUAAUCAGCUUUGGAAUAGCAAAGAGAAAUUAAAUUUUGCGGAAACUUUUCAAGGAUCAUCGCCAUGUACCGAUGCGCGUUUGAAAGCCGGUCGGAAAUUGUUAGAAACGUUCACCAAGAAUGGAAACUUUUCCGUUUUCGACAUGAUUUCCAUCUUGCGAGAUGAUCAAGCUGGUAUUUGCGUUGACGAUCGCACUCGAGGUGUACGCACUACAAGCUCGCAAGUAUCUCUCCUGACAACAACUAAAAAUUCGUUGUUUAAUGCUUGUCAUCUUUUAACGGGAACACCUAAUCCAAAACAAUCCGUAUUCAAACCAUUUAUUUUCUUAGAGAAUGCCAACUUAGGUCCACUAACCGUAUCUACACCUGAAGAGAUUACAUCACAAUGUAUUCAUCCGUUGUACUCCGCUCAUCAAAAAGCCAAUUGGGAGACAGUCAAUCGACAACGUUUACAAAACUUCGAACACGAAGAAAUCAUGGAAAUUAUUAAUAAACUAAAAUCAGACGACACAAAAGACGAUGCUUGCCUUGAAACAUUGUUUCACAAUAGUGUCGAGACAGAAAUUGAAUUACUUCGGGAACAUCCAACAACAGUAUAA